GGAAGUCAGCUAGUACAAAUUAACAUCAGCCACAAGUAGGAAGUGUAUUUGUUAUACAAGUCUCUUAGAGAAACAUGAGCUUUUACUCACUAUGUGGUUCUGUAACUCUCCUUGGGUUUUUCCUCUGUAUAUCAGAGGUAGAGAGCAUGAAGACACUGAAAAAUGUAGCUGUAAAAAGAGGAGGAUCUGUCACUAUUCCAUGUCUUUAUGAUGAGAAGUACAAAGCAAACAGUAAAUUCUGGUGCAAAGGGAACUAUUGGUCUACCUGCAGUAUCGUAGCCUAUGCAAACUCAAGUGGAAAUCCAUCAGUCGUUGAUCAUCCAGAGCAGAAUUUUUUCACGGUGGAACUGAACUCUGUCUCUGAGUCUGGAACGGGUUGGUGUGCUGUAGAAAUUGGGGAUAAAUGGCAGCCGGAUGACCGUGAUUAUUUGUACCUCACGGUUAGUCAAGAUCCUGAUCUGUCAGUGAGGGAGAGCAGAGUGAGAGGUGAGGAAGGAGGCAGCGUCACAGUCCAGUGUCUCUACAGUGCUGCGUAUCAGAAUAAACAGAAGCAGUGGUGCAGAUUUAAAGAUGGACAAUGCAAAACAGUGAGGACUGAAACAUCCCAGAAUUCAGCAGUGUACAUCAGUGAUGAUGGGAGAAGAUCCUUCAGUGUGAAGAUGAGCAGAGUGAAGAAGAGUGAUGCUGGAUGGUACUGGUGCAGUGCAGGAGAUCUGCAGGUUCCUGUUCACAUCAGUGUCAGUGAUCCACCUCCAGUCACUACAUCAAAGACCACAACAGUGCCCACAACAGUGCCCACAACAGUGACUACAACAGUGACUACAACAGUGACUACAACAGUGCCUACAACAGUGACUACAACAGUGCCUACAACAGUGACUACAACAGUGCCUACAACAGUGACUACAACAGUGCCUACAACAGUGCCUACAACAGUGACUACAACAGUGACUACAACAGUGACUACAACCGCUCAUCAAGACAACACAUACACUAGUUUGGUUUGGACCCUGAACCAUUGGUACCUGGUGGCCCUUCUUCUGCCACUGGUGAUACUGGUCAUCAUCAUCUGUAUGCUCAGAAAGAAAUGUGAGUUAGAGAACCAAACCAGGAUCAGAGAGAGGAGCAAUGACACCACUGUUCCCACAGCGAACACUGAUGAAGACUCCAUUGUAUACAGCACAGUUGCUGUUUCUAAGCCAAAGGCUAAGAAUAAGCCCACUUGUACUGCUGAAGACUCGAUUAUAUACAGCACUGUGGCUACAAAGAGUAAAAAACAGGCCACUUUUACAGAUGAAGACUCCAUUAUAUACAGCACUGUGGCUAAACGCAAGCCAAAGAGGAUGACUUACUGUCUACUGGCUGUGGGGCCUCAGGGAUCUCUACUGGGUCGUGUGUCCAUCCUCAACAUCCUUACAGAUAAAAUCCCAGUCAGGACAAGGACAACAUGCCCCACACUCACUCCACAGACUUACAUCAGAGUCACAUGACCCUCAGUCAUUCAGAAAAAUAACAGUUUCCUCACUGUAGCUAUCAGUUUUCACUUAUUCUCUUCUGUACUUUCAAUUUUUUGUCUUUUGUUUGAUCUGAAAUUCAUAGUGUUUAUAUUUCAUGUUUUUAUUUUUAUUAUAUUUUAACUCCAAAUUCUUUUACAUUAGCUCUUAUCAUUUCUGUUCACAUGGUCUACAGUCCUUAAAUACAACAUUAGUGUACAACAUAACACACUGCAGAACCCACAACGCUUAAUGAGUAAAAACCUGUAGGAAAAAUAUCUUCUGAUUUUAAAUUAAAGCAUGCU